AAAACACGCCAAAUGCUAGUUUCAAUUUUCCUUUUCGCUAUUUGCACUGACUUUACCGUUGGAAUUUUCCACUUUGGGCACUCACAUUGGCAUGGACCACCACACUACUACGGACCAUCACAGUACUACGGACCAUCACAGUACUACGGACCAUCACAGUAUUAUGGACAGUCGCAGUACUAUGGACCAUCACCAUACUAUGGACCAUCGCAGUACUACGGGUACUAUGGACCACAACACCACCAUGGAUUUCACCAUCAUCACCACUGGGGUCGUUAA